AUGCGGCCCGGCCCGCCCGCCAAAGCCGCCGCCAACGGGGGCCCGGCCGCCGCCGCCUCGGGCCGGCCCCAGCGGGCCCCGCCGCGGCGCCUCGGCCUGGGCCUGGGGACGCCGCCGCGCUGCCGGCAGCAGGCGCCCCGCCGCCGGUACCCGCUGCCGCCGCCGGCCCGCAGCGCCGUGCCCGGCGCCCUGCCCGCCGCCUGCUGGGACGCCUGCCCGCGGAGGAGCGCGGCCUGGGCUCGCCGCGCCGGCCCGGCCCGCAGCCCCGUCACCGUGAGGAUCGCCCGGCCCGGAGGCCUGGCCCGCAGCCCCGCGCUGGAGCGGCUGACCUCACCUGCGGCCUUCCUGGCCAACAGCAGCCCCGACCCGUGUGCGAAAGAGACUGUGCUGAACGCCAUCAAGGAGAGCAGGAAGAGGGCUGUGGAGGAGGAGGAGGAGGACCAGGUUUUGGGGAACGAUCAAGAGAGCAAGAGGAGGCGUCACGAUAGCAGUGGAAGUGGGCAGUCAGCAUUUGAGCCCCUGGUAGCCAACGGUGUCCCUGCCUCUCUCAUACCCAAGCCUGGCUCUCUGAAGAGGGGCCUUGUUUCACACUGCCCAGAUGACUGCUCGAACAAGAGGUCACGCACCUCCUCCAUGAGCUCCCUCAACAACACAAAUGCUGGUGGGAUCCCCAGCUCCAUCCGCAACGCCAUUGCCAGCUCCUACAGCUCCAGCCGGGGCCUCUCUCAGCUGUGGAAGAGGAGUGGUGUGAGCAUUUCCCCGCUGUCCAGCCCCGCAUCUUCCCGCCCCCAGACACCAGAGUGGCCUCUCAGGAAAGCCAGGGAGGAGGAGUCACAUCGCUCCAACACUUCCACUCCAGUGAAAUCGGACAAGGAGCUGCAGACAGAGAAAGUGGUGGAGACACCGAUGCGAAAGAAGAGGAAUUCCCUGAGCCCACCAUCUGUGUCAGGGAGCAGCGGGAAGCGGAAGAGGAAGAUCCAGUUGCUGUUGUCUCGCCGGGGGGACCAGCUGGCACUGCCCCCGCCGCCUCAGCUGGGCUACUCCAUCACAUCGGAGGACCUGGAUGCGGAGAAGAAGGCAGCGUUGCAGUGGUUCAACAAAGUCUUGGAGGAUAAGGCUGAUCCAGUCCCCAGCACCACUGCAGAGACUAUACCUGUGUCCAGGCCGCUAGCAUUCGCAGUACCCACGGUGACAUCCCCAGGGCCUGCGCCUGCAUCAACAGCUCCCGUCCCACCCAGCAGCAACUCGCUCCUGGACAGCCUGAAGAAGAUGCAGAGCAGCCAGGCUGCACCUGUGCCAGCAGACUCCACUGGAGCUGUAAUAGGGUCCCAGCCUUCUUCAUCAGCAUCACAGCCGCCUGCUACUGCUGUGUCACUGGAGUUGAGUUCUCUGCCUGUGACCUCUGCUGACACCAAGCCUGUGCCCGUGUUAAGCACACCUGCGCUUUCUGCACCUCCUGCCUCGGGGGCACAGCCUCCCAGCAGCGUGGCACCUGCAUUCACAGAGCUGGGCCAGACCCCUGUUAAGCCUCCCUCCUUACCAAAGCCAAAUGUCCUAUUUGGGAUGCUGAGCACCCCACCUGCCAGCCAGCCAGCAACGACCACAGCCACUGCUGUCCCCACUACAACCCCCGUCUUCAAACCCAUCUUCGGUGCUUUGCCAAAAAGUGAGAGCACAGCACCCUGUACAACUGCCAUCUCCCCUGCAGUCACUGUGUCUGCAAGCUCAGGCCCUUCCUCAACAUCUUCCACCGCCACCAUGUUCAAGCCUAUCUUUGGCAGCGUGACAGCAGCUUUGUCUCCAGCAAAGGCCUCUCCUUUCAUGUUCAAACCAUUGUCACAGACGGUCUCGGCUGCAGAUUUGCCAGCAGCCUCCACAACCACCACGGCAGGAUUCACAGGUCUCCCUAACGUCAUCUUUACCACCGCAGCUACGACUGCCACCACUCUGAGUUCCUCCACAGAUGCCACCAUUAAGCCAGUUUUCAGCUUUGGACUCAACCCGCCUGCCUCCGCCGGCCCUACUGCCGGCCUGACUGUGACCACUGCCACAUCCACGAGUACGUCGCAGCCAUUCCUGUUCGGCGGCCUGGCCAGCUCGGCUACCAGUACAGAUUCCAGCUUUGCUGCCCCAGGGCCAGUGUUCCAGUUUGGAAAGCUAGCUCCAGCCACUGUCACUGCCACCACCAGUGUCCCUGGAGGCCCCACGUUUGGCCAAGCACCUUCAAACUCAGUGGCACCUACCACCACUGUGGGCUUUAGCAUAUUUGGGAGCACCACGCUGUCGUCAGCUACCCCAGCCACCACAGGUCAGUCGACGUUAACGUUUGGCUCCUCCGUUUCAGCUUUUGGCAGUUCUUUCAGCACAAGCGCGAAGCCACCACCGCCGUAUCCUGGGGCAGCAGGCCAGCCAGCGUUCAGCGCUGGUGCUGCGGAGAGCCAGCUGCCCGCCAGCAAGCCUGCUGCGGGCCCCGUCGGCUUUGGCCCCGCGUUCAGUUUUGGAGCCCCCGCAGCACAGUCCAGCACCCAGCCAGCGUUCGGCAGCAGCGCACAGCCAGCCUUCGGCACAGGUGGCACCCAGAGCGCCUUCGGCACCAGCAGCGCCCAGGCAGUGUUUGGGACCACCGCGUCGGUCUUCUCUUUCGGGACAGCCACCUCCACGACAGUCAGCUUUGGUUCGAGCACCCAGACCACAAGCAGCAGCACUGGCACGGCCGUCUUUGGCACCACCCCUUCUCCUUUCACCUUCGGGGCAGCCGCCCAGCCAGGCCCCUCUGCCGGUGCCUUUGGGCUCAGCGCGCCCGCCCUGAACAGCGGCUCCCCUGCCGUGGCGUUCAACUUCGGGGCUGGGCAGAGCGGAGCAGCAGCGGCAGCGACGCCGUUCGGCUCUUCCCUGACACAGAGCACGCUGGGUGCACAGAACCACAACACGCCAUUUGCCUUCACUGUGCCCAGCACCCCCGACGCCAAGCCUGUGUUUGGAGGAACUCCUGCUCCCACCUUCGGGCAAAGCACGCCUGUCCCAGGAGCAGUGGGGAGUGGAAGCAGCAGCCUUUCCUUUGGGACGCCCAGCACUCCUGCCUCAGCGUUUGGAGGAGUUGGCGCUUCCUUUGGUCCAUCAGCCGCAGCGUUCUCCAUUGGAGCAGGAUCCAAGACCGGCGCUCGUCAGCGGCUGCAGGCACGAAGGCAGCACACCCGCAAAAAGUAACCUCUGGGGUUAUCAGGUCCCUGUCGCUGGCCUGUGCGAGGAGCACCUGCGCCAGCAUACGUGUGAGGGCCUCUGGUCUGGAGCAGUCCCCAUGGUGGGAGCAGUGGUGACGGGGCCAGGCCCCUGACGGAUGCCAGCUGGAGGCAGUGCUGGGUGGCAGUGACCGGGGUGGGACAACAGGAUAAACCAAACUCUUCUUACUUGAACAGUUCCACAGCCAAGGCUGGAUGAACCUCUGUACAUACCCACAGCGUUUCCUCCCUCACAGUUUUGCCAUGUUUCAUAACGUGUAAAUUUUCCCCGUUGCUUCCUAUGGCUGUUCCUGUCCCCUCCCGAGCCCCCUGGCCAUCACCCCCCCUGGCCCCAGCACAGCAGCUGGCACAUCUGUGGUCGGAGCCCAGCCAUAGCCAUGCCGCAGCCCUGCUGUGCACAGUUCUCUGCUCUGGGCUGCUGAGGGAUGUCGUUUUCACCAGGCUCAGAAAUCUUUCCCUGCUGUUUAAUCUUGUGGCCUGGUGAACACGCUUCCUCUGGAGGACUCUGCUUCGAGCUGGUCAUUGUCAUCUCUGCAGAGCACAAUCCUGGGUUAGCGCCAGCCUGGCCUUGCAAGCGUGGGCAUUUUGGUGCCGUAAGUGGCUGACCCAGCUGCAGCUAGAUGACAAGCCCCUUGUCACAACUUCCCAUCUCCUGUUGACCCUCAGGCCUCGUGCAGCAUGCACUGGGCAGGAAGCUCUGUGCCACAGCACCGAAGUUCAGCUGGAGGAGCACGGUGGGCACAGGCAGCCCUCGGUCCUCACUGCUGCUUGUUGGGUGCUGGGCUUCCCCCUUUCCCUCCCCUCCCCGCUUGUGUACAGCCCUGUUCGUUUUGCUUUGUUUGUGCUCCUGUUUUAAUGCUCUCAUUGAAUCGAGUUUGGAGGAAAAACUGAACCGUGUGUGUGGCGGCAUGUUGGUUAUGCCGGAUUUGCUGUUUGGAGUUUUUUUGGGGGGGCACCUGUCCCUUCGCAGGGGACGUGCCCUAGCUAAUUGGAUGUUGACAGUAGCAUCACUGCGUGGCUACUCUUGCUGGGUGAGUUCUGUCCCUUUGUCAUUGUGACUGAAAGAAAGGCAGCUGGGGUGGGGGGAUCUGGCCCUGGCCCCCCAGCAUGGGGGCUCGGGCCCUGGCAGCCUCUCCUCUCCCAACUUCCCCUCCCAUGCCCUGCUCUUCUGGGCUGGGAGCUGGAGCCGUUUUGCCACCUUGGGGUCCUCUGGCACUGCCAAAGGAAGGAGCCCAGAGCAGGUGGGUUUGCACCUCCUCAGACCUGAGUUGAUUCUCACUUUUAGCUCGUCCCCAUCCUUUUCUUUUUACCAGCUCCUAGGAGCUGUGGUGCUGUCCCCUGUCCCCACCCAUCUGGGAGUGGGGCUGUUCCCAUCUUGGGGAGGUCUUAGCGGAAGAGGCUGCCAGAGCUCAGGUCCAUGUCCAACAGCUACCCCGCCCAGGGAGAGGGACGGGCAUCCCUGCCCGCAGGCUCCCCUCUGCUUCCAGGAGUGCUUUGCUGCCAGGUUUUUUACUCUCCGAGCCGUGUGAGUGUGUGUGUCUGCUGAAGUCUAAAUUUAAAAACAAAACAAAAAAAAAAAAUAUUUAAACAUUUUAUAACAAAAUAAGAAUUUAUUUUUAUAUUUAAGCUAAAUUGCCUUUGAAUUCCUUCAAGCUUGGUUCAGUGAGGUUGCUAGACCCUGCAGCGCUGUUGGUAGUUUACCUGUGCUGUUACAUUACAGCCUGGUGAGGAGGCGUGGGCCCACCCCACCUCUGCCCCAGGGGACUGGCUGUGCUGGGGAAAGGCAGCUGUGUCCCGGGGGCUGGCUGGAGCAGCCCAGCCAUGUACUCUGUGACUGCGUGCUCCUCUCAGGCUGUAACAAGUCAUUAUUUUUUAAAAUGUGAUGUAUGUGGAUGUGACUAAACUUUUCUCUUUUUUAAUUCCCCUGAGGCUGAGGAGCAGCAGCUCUCGCACGUUCCUCUUGUCUGCCAGGAACAAGGCGCCUCUCUCAGCAGGCGGAAGGAGGGUGGGUGACCAAGGUCUGUGUGGCACAGCAGGGAUGCCCCCCUUUAGUGCAGAGGGGUGGAGGUGAUGCAGGCUGGCACCUUCUCCCUUAAGGGGUCACAGCUGCUGGAGCUGCUGGGGGGGUUCCUAGCAUCCACAAAAAAAGCGACUGAGGUGCUGUAGUAGCCUGUUACAGGGCUGAUUGGAGCAUGGUAGAUGGGUGCUGUGAAGAAGCCAAGUUGGGCAAACAUGCCCUCAGAGGUUGAGAAAGUAGCCAGUAAUGGGCUACAUGCAUGUGCAAGCUGGUUCUGGUGAUUUGUCCCUCUCCCCAGGUGCUUGCUGUGCCUGGAGAGCAGGCAUGGGGCUCCAAGGGUGAGGGAGCAGAGGGCUGGGGUGUGCAGGCUGCUGUUGCUUAGCCUCACAAGGGCAGGACCUGCCCUGUCUCUCAGCCUUCCUCAAGUCGUUCCAGCUCCACCCAGAACCACUGUGCAGAGGGUGGCAGGUGCUGAGCAAGGAGGUGAGGGCACCCUGCGGAGCAUUGGCUGUCGGCUCUGCUGGUCUUGGGCUGCCCUGUACGAAACCAGAACUGCACCAAGUCCCCAGAGCUCAACAGGCAGGCGAAGUCCAAGCUGUGUCCCCUCUGUGCUGUACAGACCCCUUCAGCCCCCUGCUGGGAGACACCCCUGGGCCUGGGCUGCAGUAGGGGGACAGAGGGAAGCUGGGGUUUUACUCAAACAAGACUUGGAUCAUUCCUGGUGUGGCUGAUGAGGAUUUUAGUGUGAAUGUGCAAUUUUUUUUUUCCUCUUGCUUCUCAUGUCACUGAUUUAAAAUAAAAAGACUGUUUCUGUU